AUUUUGUGGCUUUGACCAAGAUCCUCCCGGGUCCCAACGGUCGACCACCAUAAUACUGUUGCAUUCCUUUCUUUGGUUCUGCAUUCUAUUACACAAAGUCGCGACCAUGACAUCCAGUACCAGUGACAAGAAGAAGAAAGCAGACUCUUUCGAGUACGAAUUUGGAGGUCCCAUUGGAGCCUUCUUCACGGUGACCCUUCUUCCCAUUGUGGUGCUAUUGUUGUCGCAUUGGUCCAAGAUUGGAGGGCUGGAUGCUGGAUUCUUGGCGGAUUUCAGAACGGAAUCAUUCUGGGAUGCGUGGUUGAAAUCUUCCGUGCUGUGUCCCAGUUGCAGUACCAGUGGCGAUCGAGCCAACGAUUUGCUGCUCUUUCGAUGUGCCGGCGGCAUACUGUGCUAUUUUAUCUUUCAAGUCUUGUUGGAACGAUGGCUUCCCUGCGAACUCGUCCAAGGCAUGCCUGUCAAGGGAAAUCCCAAUCAUCGACUGACCUACCGUAUCAAUGGACAUUUGGCAUUCUGGGUCACGUUGCUCGCGUUGGAUGUGGGGUGGCCCACUUGGCAUGAGUCCAGCCAAUCCUAUCAAUUUGGUAGAGCGCCAUUGGCGGUCCUCUAUGAUUAUCACGCCGAAUUGGCACUGGUCACCAUUCUAUUCUGCUUUGCACUCAGUUUCUACCUCUACACAACAUCCUUUCAAGGACAACGUAUUCUGGCAGAUGGAGGAAAUUCCGGAAAUCCAGUCUACGAUUUCUUUCUUGGCCGAGAACUCAAUCCUCGCAUUGGAUCCUUUGAUUGGAAAGAAUUCUGUGAAUUGAGACCGGGAUUGAUUGGAUGGGCCAUUCUCAACCUGGCAUUCAUGGCAAAACAACACGAAAAUUUAGGAUAUGUCACGGGCAGUAUGAUAUUGAUCAACAUUUUCCAAUUCAUUUACGUGUGGGACGGAAUCUACCAGGAAAAGGCCAUACUUUCUACUAUGGAUAUCACCACGGAUGGAUUCGGGUACAUGCUAUGCUUUGGGGAUUUGGCAUGGGUGCCAUUUACCUACUCCAUUCAAGCACGGUAUUUGGUAAACAAUGAUCCCCAUCUCAGCUACGCAGCAUUGGCGGCCAUUGUCGCCACUCAUAUCGUGGGAUACGCCACCUUUCGAGGUGCCAACAGUCAAAAGGAUGCAUUUCGAAAGGAUCCCAAUCAUCCCAAUGUUGUACAUUUGCAAUUUAUGAAAACAAAACGAGGAACAAAGCUUCUCACCAGUGGGUGGUGGGGAAUGGCACGCAAAAUUAACUACACGGGUGACUAUAUCAUGGGCUUAUCCUGGUGCUUGGUUUGUGGCUUUGAUAGCAUUGUCCCGUACUUUUACGCAAUCUACUUUGCCAUUCUUCUAGUGCAUCGGGCGAUAAGGGAUGACCAUGCCUGCCAAGAGAAGUAUGGUGAGGACUGGAAGGAAUACAAAAAGAAAGUUCCAUACAUGUUUAUUCCUGGCAUAGUGUAACAAUCCAAAUGGCUAAACUAUAUUAGGGUAGCUACACUAUGGUGCUGUUUGUAUAUUCGUCUAUUGU